AGGAGGGCGCGGGGCGGCCCGGGCGCGGCGGCCCCGUCCGCACUCCCCCUGCCCAGCCCCGGCCAUGAAUAUGUAACUCCCCUCUAUUUCCCGAGCUCCAUUGCGGAGCCGCCGCUCGCCAUAUUGUGCUGCGGGGGCUGCGGCGGCACCGCCGGCCACGGACUGAGGCGGCACCGGCGGGCGCCAUGUCUCAGGCCGUGCAGACCAACGGGACGCAGCCUCUGAGCAAGACCUGGGAGCUCAGUCUGUACGAGCUGCAGAGAACACCCCAGGAAGCCAUCACAGAUGGCCUGGAGAUCGUGGUGUCCCCCAGGAGCCUGCACAGCGAGCUCAUGUGUCCCAUCUGCCUGGACAUGCUCAAGAACACCAUGACCACCAAGGAGUGUCUGCAUCGCUUCUGCGCCGACUGCAUCAUCACUGCCCUCAGGAGCGGGAACAAAGAAUGUCCCACAUGUCGCAAAAAGCUCGUUUCCAAAAGAUCCCUGCGGCCAGACCCCAAUUUCGACGCUCUCAUCAGUAAGAUUUACCCGAGCCGGGAUGAGUACGAGGCUCAUCAGGAGAGGGUGCUGGCCAGGAUCAGCAAGCACAACAACCAGCAAGCCCUGAGUCACAGCAUCGAGGAGGGAUUAAAGAUUCAGGCUAUGAACAGGUUGCAGCGGGGCAAGAAGCAGCAGAUUGAGAACGGCAGCGGGGCCGAGGACAACGGCGACAGCUCCCACUGCAGCAACGCCUCCACACACAGCAACCAGGAAGCUGGGCCCAGCAACAAGAGGACCAAAACCUCAGAUGACUCUGGGCUGGAGCUGGACAACAACAACACCACUGUGGCCAUAGAUCCCGUGAUGGACGGGGCCAGUGAGAUCGAGCUGGUGUUCAGGCCUCACCCCACCCUCAUGGAGAACGAUGACAGUGCGCAGACAAGGUACAUCAAGACCUCAGGCAAUGCCACAGUUGAUCACCUGUCCAAGUACCUGGCAGUGAGGCUGGCCUUGGAGGAGCUGCGGAGCAAAGGAGAGUCCAACCAGAUGAACCUGGACACGGCCAGUGAGAAGCAGUACACCAUCUACAUCGCCACCGCCGCCGGCCAGUUCACUGUGCUAAAUGGGUCCUUUUCCCUGGAACUGGUCAGUGAGAAGUACUGGAAAGUGAACAAACCCAUGGAACUGUACUAUGCCCCCACCAAGGAGCACAAAUAAGUGCUGGGAAACUGGGAUGGAACUAACUCUUUUUAUAGCUACAACUUCUUUAAUAUUAAAAUAAGGCACCACCAGUAUCUUCAUGGACAGCACACGUGGUGCCUUCAGGCACUCAGUAUACUCAGUAAUAUGACUAGACAGUAUUCUGGGCUGUAUUUAAUUUAGUCUUUGGGUUGGGUUUUUUGGUUUUUCCCUUAGGAGACUAAAUGACCUCCAGUGCAUUCCAGUGUUUGAGAUGAUUUUUUGUUCCUAAUGCAUGAUAUCUGAUCCAGUGUUCCGGUUUGGAAUGGCUUCAUUUUGUCCAGGUAAAUCUGGAUUUCUGCUCCAUCAGACACAGUUUUAGUAGCCUCUGUGAAGUGUGGAGUGUUGGGUGGCCAAGGAAGUCUGUUCAAUAGUAGCAUAUGCCAAGGAAUGUGUUAAAUGUUGGAAUUCGGUGACUGUUAUCCAUCUGAAGAAUUGAUUGGCACAGAAUGAGUUUGGGAUUGUCUUGCAGCUAGAGGUAAUCUGAUUCCCUAGGAAAGGUUCAUUAAGACAUUUUCUUGUGAACAAAGGUGAGUUUUGCAUCUUGUGAGAGGUAUUGCUGCCCAUGGCAGGGGCUUGGACUGACAUGGUGUUUAAGGUUCCUUCCAAGUCCAACCAUCCUAGGAUUCUGGGAUUCCAAAGAGAGCUGCAGUGAGAAAACUGACACUUUAAAACCUUCCUGUUUACUGGGCUUAAUUUAAUACUUCAGUGCAAAGCGGUUCAUCAGAUUUGUUUUGUUUUUAAUGGCUGUUUCCUAACCCAUAACUCUUC